AUGAGCAAGGAGCUGGGAGCUAUGGGGCCCGGAGCCUCAGGGGCCGGGAGCAGGCCUGACACAGUCCCACGCUCAGCAGCGGGCCCUGGCGUCAGCCUGCACACCUAUGACAUCGUGGUCGUGGUCGUCUACUUUGUCUUCGUCCUGGCCGUGGGGAUCUGGUCGUCCAUCCGUGCAAGUCGAGGGACCAUUGGCGGCUACUUCCUGGCGGGGAGGUCCAUGAGCUGGUGGCCGAUCGGAGCGUCUCUGAUGUCCAGCAACGUGGGCAGUGGCUUGUUCAUCGGUCUGGCCGGGACAGGGGCUGCUGGUGGCCUGGCUGUGGGAGGCUUCGAGUGGAACGUAAGGAAGCUGACCUGGCCUGGGGAGGAGGGGGCUCAUCCACAGCAAAUGGGAGUCUUCUUGUCCCUCUCCCAGGCGACCUGGCUGCUCUUGGCGCUGGGCUGGGUCUUUGUCCCUGUGUACAUCGCCGCCGGCGUGGUCACCAUGCCACAGUACCUGAGGAAGCGCUUCGGGGGCCAGAGGAUCCAGAUGUACUUGUCCGUCCUGUCUCUCAUCCUCUACAUCUUCACCAAGAUCUCGACGGACAUCUUCUCUGGAGCCCUGUUCAUCCAGAUGGCCCUGGGCUGGAACCUUUAUCUCUCCACGGCGCUCCUGCUGGUGGUGACAGCCGUCUACACCAUCGCAGGGGGCCUCAUGGCCGUGAUCUACACAGACGCUCUGCAGACACUGAUCAUGGUGGGGGGAGCCCUGGUCCUCAUGUUUCUGGGCUUUCAGGAGGUGGGCUGGUACCCAGGCCUGGAGCAGCGCUACAGGCAGGCCAUCCCUAACGUCACAGUCCCCAACACCACCUGUCACCUCCCACGGCCAGAUGCCUUCCACAUGCUUCGGGACCCUGUGAGCGGGGACAUCCCAUGGCCAGGUCUCAUUUUUGGACUUACUGUGUUGGCCACCUGGUGCUGGUGCACAGACCAGGUCAUUGUGCAGCGGUCACUCUCUGCCAAGAGUCUGUCCCACGCCAAGGGAGGCUCUGUGCUGGGGGGCUACCUGAAGAUCCUGCCCACCUUCUUCAUCGUCAUGCCGGGCAUGAUCAGCCGGGCCCUGUACCCAGACGAGGUGGGCUGUGUGGACCCCGACAUCUGCCAAAGAGUCUGCGGGGCCCGAGUGGGAUGUUCCAACAUCGCCUACCCCAAGCUGGUCAUGGGGCUUAUGCCCAUUGGUCUGCGGGGCCUGAUGAUCGCCGUGAUGAUGGCUGCCCUCAUGAGCUCGCUCACCUCCACCUUCAACAGCAGCAGCACCCUGUUCGCAGUCGACGUGUGGCGGCGCCUCCGCAACAAGGCAACAGAGCAGGAGCUGAUGGUGGUGGGCAGAGUGUUCGUGGUGUUCCUGGUGGUCGUCAGCAUCCUCUGGAUCCCUCUCAUCCAGAGCUCCAACAGCGGGCAACUCUUCGACUACAUCCAGUCUGUCACCAGCUACCUGGCCCCGCCCAUCACCGCCCUCUUCCUGCUGGCCAUCUUCUGCAAGAGGGUCACGGAGCCGGGAGCAUUCUGGGGCCUCAUGUUUGGCCUGGGAGUGGGGCUUCUGCGCAUGGUCCUGGAGUUCUCGUACCCGGCCCCGGCCUGUGGGGAGGUGGACCGGAGGCCAGCCGUGCUGAAGGACUUCCACUACCUGUACUUCGCACUGCUCCUCUGCGGACUCACUGCCAUCGUCAUCGUCACUGUCAGCCUCUGCACAGCCCCCAUCCCUGUGGAAAAGCUCGCCCGCCUGACCUGGUGGACGCGUGACUGUCCCCAUCCUGGCCAAGAAGAGGAGGCCUUGGAGAGUUCUCCAGGGAUAUCGGAGAGGCCGGCAGGAGCGUGCCCUGCAGGAAGUGGAGCAGCAGAGAACUCCAGUCAGGGCAGGGAGCAGCCUGCAGCCCCACACAGGUCCUGGGGAAAGCUGCUCUGGGGCUGGUUCUGUGGGCUCUCCCGGGCCCCGGAGCAGACCCUGAGUCCAUCAGAGAAGGCUGCACUGGAGCAGAAGCUGACCAGCAUUGAGGAGGAGCCGCUCUGGAGAAGCAUCUGUGACGUCAACGCCAUCAUCCUGCUGGCCAUCAACGUCUUCCUCUGGGGCUACUUUGCAUGA